CCCUAUAUCACAGUUUCUGUAGGCAGUUCCAUCGAAAUAGUCGUGAAUACACCAAACUCUGCUUCUUUGGGGUCACCAGCAGAACCACGCUAGGUGCUGACGUGGAGGCCACACGGCCUUGCGUGCAUAUGAAAAUGAGCUGUUAAACCGCAAGUUCACUGCACUUCGAGAUAAACUGUUGUGCAAAUGAUGAGUACUAUUUUGAGUUCCUCACUCUCUGCCCGAGCUCUCCUCAACAUGGCAGCGCAAGGUGUUUCCUGCUGGCUGCGACCCCACAUGCUGCUGCUGCUGAUUUGUUUAUCUGAAGCCCUGUCUGCUGCCCCAGAGAUAAACAGAGACUACUAUGACACUCUUCACGUUAAGCCCACAGCCACGGACCGCGAGAUUAAGAAGUCGUUUCGAAAACUGGCCGUGAAGUACCACCCCGACAAAAACAAGAGCGCAGAUGCGGAGAGCACCUUCAGGGAGAUUGCAGAAGCCUACAGAGUCCUCUCAAACAAGGAGCAAAGGAGGCUGUAUGACCGUGUGGGCCAUAAAGCUUUCCUAAAAAAUGAGGACCCAGUUGACUCUGAGGAUGACGAUCAGGCAAGCUUCCACUUCAGCUUCCCAGACUUCUUCCAUGACUUUGAUGAUAGUCCCUUUGGUGGAGAGUGGAGAUUUCACCAGGAAGAGGAGGAUGGUCAUUAUGGACAGUACAGUUUUGAGAGGCAAAGAUUUAGCUUUUACUUUGGGGAUGCAGAUGAUUAUGAAGACGAGUACUACUUCUGAAAGCUUUUCCUGUACUUGGAAUGACUGUUAUGUUUGGAUGUGUUUUCUUUUAUUGAUAAUAAAGGAUCCAGUGCAAAAUGUGCUCUCAGUAUCUGUUUCUUGUAUUCAUUAUGUAAAAACAUCACCUAAAUA